AUGUAUCGCGAGCGGCUGUGGCGCAAGCUCGAGGUCGGGGCGUGCCUGACGCGCGUCACCGCCAACCGCAAGCGCGAGAAGCGUACGUUCCGCGUGAAGAUGGAGACGCGCCAGCUGCUGUGGUACCGCACGAUGGCGCAGGCGCACAAGACAGAGGGAUGCGUUGACAUACGCGAGAUACGCGAGGUGCGCGAGGGCCGGCGAUCGCGCGACUUUGAGCGCGCGGGAGACGACACGUCCGUCUCCGUGUCCUGCUGCUUCGUCGUGCUCCACGGAGCCGAGUUCAACCUCGCGACGCUCUCCCUCGUCGCGCCGAACAGCGAGGAGUGCGCGGACUGGGUGCGCGGGCUCUCGUCGCUCGCCGACGACACGCGUGGCGCCCCCUACCCGCUGCAGGUGGAGCGAUGGCUGCGCAAGGAGUUCUGUGAGCUGGAACAAGCGUCGGGACGCGGGGGCGGCGGCGGCGGUAGCGGCGGCGGCGCCGGGGUGCAGCUGCGCGACGUCAAGAACUUGUUUCUGCCGCGGGCGAACAUGAAGGUCACGACCGCUCGUCUCAAGGACGCGUUCGCGGAGGCUGACGCCGGCGGAACGGGCGAACUCGGCUUCGACGAGUUUGCGCAUCUCUACCACCAGCUGGCGCUGCUAGCGCGGGACUGCGUCGGCGACCUGAGCGCGUACUUCCCGGACCAGCGGACGGUGACGCUGCAGCGAUUCCAGGAUUUCCUCGCCAACGAGCAAAACGACGUCAUCGGUCACGACGCCGCCGCCGUCGUCGCGCUCAUGUCAGCCUUCCUCGCUGACCCCGCCCGCCACACCAGCGACCCCUACUUCACCGUCGCGGAAUUCGCCGACUACCUGUUCUCACGCGAGAACUCGGCGUGGGACCCGCGCAACGAAGUCAUCGGCGAUGACAUGCAGCGCCCCCUGUGCGACUACUGGAUCGCGUCGUCGCACAACACCUACCUGACGGGCGACCAGCUCCGCAGCGAGUCUUCGUGCGAGGCGUACGCGCGCGCGCUGCGCAUGGGCUGCCGCUGCAUCGAGCUCGACUGCUGGGACGGCCCCAAGGAGCUGCCCAUCAUCACGCACGCGUACACGAUGACGAGCAAGAUCAAGUUCGUCGACGUGAUCCGCGUGAUUCGCGACCACGCCUUCGUCGCGUCCGAGUACCCCGUCAUACUGUCCAUCGAGGACCACUGCAGCCUGCCGCAGCAGCGCAACAUGGCGCGGCACUUCCAGGAGGUGUUCGGCGAGAUGCUGCUGGUGGCGCCCUCUGAGCGGGACGAGCGGCAGCUUCCGUCGCCCGAGCAGCUGCGGCGGAAGAUCGUCAUCAAGCACAAGAAGCUGCCGGACAAUGCCGGAGAGGCUGCGACGACGGACGGGGGCGGCGGGGACGGGGGUGACGACGCGUUCCCGGACGAUCAGGACAUCCGCUUCUCGCUGAAGCGAGGGAUCCUCUACCUCGAGGACCGCCUCGCGCGCGAGUGGAACCCGCACUACUUCGUCCUCACCGCGAAGAAACUCUUCUACACGGGCGAGACGAUGGGAGCGGACGAGGCGGCGGCCGCCGCGGGCGACGACGAUGACGGUGGUGGCGCCACGGAGCGGGCGUCGCCGCCCCCGCCGCACGCCGCUGAGCCGUGGUGUCACUUCUCUAAGGAGGGCUUCCCGCGAGAGUACGUCGAGACGCUGCUCAAUCGCAACCGUCACCUUGGCGACGGCUGCUUCCUCGUCCGCAACAGCUCGACGUUCAAGGGCGACUACACGCUGUCGUUCCUGCGGCGGGGACGCGUCAACCACUGCCACAUCAAGUCGCGGCAGGAGCGCGGACGCGAGCGGUACUACCUCGUCGACCAGGUCGCGUUCGGCAGCCUCAGCGAGCUCAUCGACUACUACCGAGAGCAUCCGCUGCGCAGCCCGGAGUUCGAGCUGAAGCUCGGGGAGCCGGUGCCCGUCGCCGCGGCGACGCACGAAGCUCAGCCGUGGUUUCACGCGAACCUCGCGAAGGAGGAAGCGCAGGAGAUGCUGUCGCGCGUUCCCCGCGACGGAGCCUUCCUGAUACGCGGCCGGGACGCGCAGCCGAACCUGUUCGCGAUCUCGUUCCGCGUCGGCCGCGCCGUGCUGCACUGUCGCAUCCGGCGUGACGGCGACGCGUACGUCAUCGGCGACGGCGUCGUCACGGCGACGUUCGACAGCCUCACCGAGCUCGUGCAGUACUACGUCGCGCACCCGCUCUACAAGAAGAUCACGCUGAACCGCCGGUUCGCGGUGAACCGCGAGCUCGUCGAUCGACUAAACCUCGAGGAUUCGGCCGACGCCGGCGCGGGGAUAUACACGGACCCAAACUGUUUCGCCGCUCGCCGCCACGUGAGGGCGCUGUAUGACUACGCGGCGCGGCGGCCGGACGAACUCUCGUUCCCGAAGAACGCGAUCAUCUCGAACGUCGACGCCGACAAGAACGACUCGUGGUGGACGGGCGACUACGGCGGCAAGACGCAGCAGUGGUUCCCGGCAAACUACGUCGCUGCCCUCGCCCCGGACGACCCCGCAGCCGCGGGGGAGGAGGACGACGAUGAGGGGGAGGGGGAGGGCGAGAACACGCUGCUCGGAACGAUGCAGAAGGGAGCGAUCGACAUCCGCGGCGCCGACGUGAUUUCCUCGUCGAAGGUGAACAACCUGAUCGUGUUCCGGCUGCGUCUCGCGGACGGGACGGAGCGGGAGAUCGGCUGCGCGGACACGGAGGAGCUCUCCGACUGGAUCCAGAAGAUCCGAGAAGCUUCGCAGCUCGCCGAGAACCUGGAGAGCCACCAGACGGAGCGCAGUCACAAGAUCGCGAAGGAGCUCUCCGACCUGAUCGUCUACUGCCGCGCCGUCGCGUUCGUCCCGGAGAAGCAGCCGCGAGACUUCCACGAGAUGUCGUCGCUCAGCGAGAGCAAAGCCGACAAGUGGCUCGCCCCGCAGAGGGCGCCUGCGUUCGCCGACAUCAACCGGCUGCAGUUGACGCGCAUCUAUCCGAAGGGGACGCGCGUCGACUCGAGCAACUACGACCCGCUGGCCGCGUGGAACGCCGGAUCGCAACUCGUCGCGCUCAACUACCAGACGGCGGACCGCGCGACGCAGCUGAACACGGCGCGAUUCGCGUGCAACGGUCGCUGCGGGUACGUGCUGAAACCCGAGUGCAUGCGCCGCGACGGCUACAGCCCCUUCGACAAGUCGUCUCUGGUCGGCGUCGUCGACCCCGUCACCAUCUCGCUGCGCAUCGUCGCGGGGCGCCACCUGCCGAAGCCCGGACGAAACAUCUCGUGUCCGUCCGUCGAGGUAGAGGUCGUCGGCGCGGACUAUGACAGCGGCGGCGGCGGCGGGGCAGGGGGCGCCGGCGGCGGGGGCGCCGGGAACCGCUACCGCACGGCGAAAGACCGGAACGACGCCGGCGGGUUCAACCCGCUCUGGAACGACACGUGCGAGUUUGACGUCGCGAAUCCCGAGCUCGCGUUCGUGCGGUUCGUCGUUCAGGACGAGGACAUGUUCGGGCAGCAGGCGACGAUCGCGCAAACCACGCUGCCCUUGCGCGGGCUGCGCUCGGGAUACCGGUCCCUCGCGCUGCGCAACGCUGCCUCCGAGGAGCUGGAACUCGCCUCGCUGCUGGUGUGCGUCGACAUCUCUCGCGCUAACGAGGACGCGCAGCUCUACCAGGCCCUGCAGGACCUCAGCGCGGAGUCCCAGCAGCUGUGCCAGCGCAUAGAGGAGGCGAGGCUACGCGGCGACAUGGUCGGCGUGGAGACGAUGCGGCAGCGGCAGGAGGACGUCGAGGAUCAGCAGACGGCGAAGCGAGAAGAGAGGCGGCGCCACCGUCAGCGCAAGGCGAGUCGGCAGGAGCGGCCGCGAUUCCUGCAGAAGAAGAAGCCUAGCAGUCUGCGCACCAACUAA